GAUAUCAAUAACGUAUAGCCAAAUCGAACAUCAGUUCGUCGAAAAUGCAAACGUUUAUUAUGCUUCUUCAGAACUUGCGGUAUUUUUGGGUACAAAAGGCGGGUACAGAUUCUUAGUGCAAAGUUGUGAUGAUGUAUAUUUGUGGUAUUGUCCUGGGAAUUUUUAACGACCCACUUGCAAAAUGUUGGUAUACACAUUGGUAACAGUGUUUACAGUGGAUCUCCUGGCAGCCGUGGGCGACGUAGCCCAAACAUGGACCCACCCCACAUAUUACAUUCUCAGAUCAAACAGUACGUUCGAAAAUCCUCUCGGUAGACGAAUAAGCGAAUACGAAGAGAACUGGAUUUCGUGGUUUUUCUACAUAGGCGCCGUGUUGGGUGCUUUACCGACUCCCUUCGUAGCAGAUAAACUCGGAAGGAAAACCGUUCUACUUUGCACAGCCCUGCCACACGCAGUCGCGUAUCUCAUGUUCGCAUUUGCCAAGACCAUCUCAUUGUAUUACGCUGCAAGAAUAGUCGCUGGCUUCGCAUCAGGAGCGGGAUAUUCGGUGUUGCCAUCUUAUAUAGCCGAAAUAUCUGAGGAUUCCUAUAGGGGAGCGUUGGUAGCAACGCUCAACAUCGCUUGGAACAUUGGACGUCUAAUCCCGUUCUGCGUGGGUUAUUACUUACCCACACGCCAGUUUAAUAUAAUUCUAGCCGCCGUACCCGUGACAUUUUUUAUAAUAUUUUUAUUAAAUGGCUCGGAGAGCCCCCACUACCUGGUUAGAACGAACAAGGAGAGUAAAGCGGAGACGACGUUAAUGAGGUUGAGAUCCAACGGAAUCGAAGAGGUCGCUAAAGAGAUUACUCAUAUAAAAGGACCGAUGAAUGGAUACGCAAGGGGGUCUAUCACGGAGCCAAAAUUGAGAUACGCUCUGACAGUGUCUUUGGUUCUAAUGGUGGCCCAACAAGUUUCCGGAAUAAGGACAGUGACGCACGAGUUGCGACAUACGUUCGAGGUUACAGACAACGGGCUUGCGAUGCAACUAUCGACGUUCAUAUGUGGUGCUUGCAUACUGUUCUCCAGCGUAUUUUCCGCUGCGUUGAUCGAGAAAAUCGGAAGGAAACUGUGUUUGACGAUAUCGUUUUCCGGGAACAUGGUGGCGUUGACGGUUCUGGGCGUUUACUGUUUUCUGGAAAAUAUCGCGAAGGAUUUUACAACGUAUUUUUAUUGGAUCCCGUUGGUGGCCAAACUGACGUUCGUGUUAUUUUAUAAUUUCGGUGCGGCCAGUGUUCCGUGGGUGAUUUUCUCGGAGUUGUUUCCGUACGACGUCAAAGCCGUAUCGGCAACAUUGGUUUCCGUAGUCUAUUGGGUAUCGUGUUUCGUGGUGUCUACUGUUUUCGUGGACUUUAACACGAACUUGGGCGAUUCGGGAAAGUACUUCGUGUUCAGCGUUUUCUGCUUGUACGGAGUGUAUUUCAGCUUGACGUCUGUUCCGGAAACGAAAGGACAGACCUUCGAUGCCAUACAACAGAAACUAGAAGACAAUAUUAAAGACUAGCGCAAUAAUUUUGAUUUUCAGUAAUGCCUAAUAAGACAAUUUCAUGACAAAUCCUCAGGAAGAAAUCAAAACAAUUAGAUACUCAGUUUGCCAAAAGCGUUGUAGGGAUUAGCAUUUCUAGAACCGCCCCCAACUGCGUACAACAAGCAUUGCGGUUUGUUCAAUAAUUAGAACUCUUCAGGAUUCAAACACACGCACAAGUAAAGGUCUCAAAAACUGUUUUGCUUAAAAGGUUAAACUUGCCACUUGAGGGCAUGUACUGUGGCGCUGUCAGAUAUAUGACAACACAUCAUGGCUGAUAUCACGUAUAAAAAAACCUUAGGCUCCAUGGUUCGCCAACAAUUUUUAAAAAAUAAUAAACGAACAAAAAUUCUAACCAUAAAUUCCAUAGUUCCAAAUUUAGUAAUCAUUUGUCCUUUUGGCUUCGUAUUACAACAUUGGAUGCAGUUAAGCAGCUUAUUUCUUCAUUGAUAGUGUAGUGUGAUGUGCCAGCGCUUAUGUUGAAGUUUUGUUUUGGAAGCUAUCCUUAAUUAAGCCCUUUCAGAAAGUAGCUCAACCUAAA